GCUAUCAAAGAACUGCUCCGGACAGCGAUGAUGGCGGGAAUACACAAAUUUUAAUUCAUUUGAGGUUAAUUUGUUUUUGCACCCAACAACCGGUAAUCGUAAAAUCGCGCAGACCAAUUGAUGAUUUUCAUACUUAAUAGACCAUUUGGAUAAUAAUUAAGAAGAUGAUUCAACAUGAAAUGUGGAGGGCGGACUGGAGUUUCCGCCCUGAGGACAUUUUCCACUUUCCAAAUCAGGCGGAACCACAAGUGGGAGUCGCUGGACACUCGACGAGAUCCGCAUUUGGGGUGUGCUCUCGUGGUUGAAGCGUGAUGGAGAAGAGAAAAAAAGGUUCCUCCUUGGAGCUGAGGCUGAUGGUGGUCGGCAGCAGCGGACCGUCUCAGUUCCAGCUGACCAACGCGAUCUUCGGAAGGGAAGAGUUCCCCAAGGACACUACAAGCGUCUCUGGCAGCCGGAAGAUUUUGGGUGAGCUGGCAGGGCGACGGGUGGCCGUGAUCAGCGCCCCAAACCUCUACGAUAAGGACAUAUCUCGUGUCAAGAGGAAGAUGGAGCUGAGAAGGUCCAAAUGCCUGUCGGUGCCCGGUCCCCACGCCUUUCUGGUGGCCUUCGACAUGGAGAAAAUCUCGCCAAACGACAUUAGGACCCCGCAGCUCAUGAUGAAACGUUUUGGAAGACGCUGUUUUAGACACUGCGUUGUCCUGCUCGCCUAUGACGGGAACCCGGACGGUGCCGCAUUGGAGGACGUGGUGCAGAACACCGACUGGCCCUUGAGGCAUCUGAUCGAGGACUUGGGCGGCCGCGUUUACAUUUUUAACAAGGACUGGCGGGACCGCAGCCGCGAGCAGGAACUCCUGCAGAAGAUCGAGUGGAUGGUGGCCUCCUUGGGCGGCGCCUGCUUCUCCAGCGGAACCUUCCAGAAAGCCGAGCGCAGCGUGAAGAAAGAGGAGAAGAGGCUCAUGAAGAAGAUGGCAGCAGAUAAUGAGAAGGUGUGGAGCGACCUGGAGAAGAAGUACCUGUCCGAUGAGUUGUACCAGCGCAAAGACGCCCACACGGCCAGCGUGAGCGCCAAGAUUAGGGCAAAGGCCGAGGUGGACAACGGCUGGCUAAGGACGUCCCUGGCGAGGGGGGUGGGUUCAGGCAUGGUGGCGGGGGCUGUCAUGGGGGCCCUGGUGGGCUCUAUAGAGGGUCCGGGAGGGAUGGUACUGUAUGGUGUCAUCGGCGGGGCGGUGGGCGCGUCGGCGGGCGGUGCCGCUCAGGUAGCCACCAAGCACAUGGAGGACAGGGUGGCACCUCCCGCCAGACUCAACUUCAACUCCAUCUUCAUCAACCGCUUCUUUGCAACGCAGCGGCCGUGACAG